AUGAAUUAAUGUGAAAUAAAUUUAUUUUUCAAACAUUUUAAAAGUUCACCAAGUUGGACCAUCUGUUGAUACAGAGGAACCUCUAUGAGAUUACUUAUCCAGAACCUUCCAGGUUAUUCCAGGUUUCUCCAGGUUAUUCCAGGCUACCCCAAUUUAUUCCAGGUUCAUCCAUGUUUCUCCAGGUUCCUCCAGGUUUUUCCAUGUUUCUCUGGGUUAUUCCAGGUUCCUUCAGGUUCCUCCAUGUUCUUCCAGGUUCUUCCAUGUUACUCCACAUUCCUUCAUGUUUCUCCAGGUUAUUCCAUGUUUCUCUGGGUUAUUCCAGGUUCCUUCAGGUUCCUCCAUGUUCCUCAAGGUUUUUCCAGGUUCCUCCAGGUUUUUCCAUGUUUCUCUGGGUUAUUCCAGGUUUCUCCAGGUUCCUCCAUGUUCUUCCAGGUUCUUCCAUGUUACUCCACAUUCCUCCAUGUUUCUCCAGGUUAUUCCAGGUUCCUCCAGGUUAUUCCAGGUUUCUCCAUGUUCCUCCAUGUUCCUCAAGGUUAUUCCAGGUUUCUCCAGGUUAUUCCAGGUUCCUCCAGGUUAUUCCAGGUUUCUCCAGGUCAUUCUAGGUUUCUCCACGUUAUUUCAUAUUUCUCCAGGUUAUUCCAGGUUCCUCUAUAUUUCUCCAGGUUCCUCCAUGUUCUUCCAGGUUCUUCCAUGUUUCUCCAGGUUAUUCCAGGUUUCUCCAGGUCAUUCUAGGUUCCUCCGCUCCGCCGGGCCCAGCCUGCCCCUCCUCCACAGACAGCAGACCGUCACUCCGCCUGCGCGCGCCCUCAUUGGCUGCGUGGAUGUUUUCACGUGGCGCCUUCGUGGGUCUUUGAGGCGGAGACAGAAAGGUGCAGCGGCUCCUAGUUGCUCUGUGACAGCGGCGAGGGGCGGCAGGCCCAUCAGGUGUGUCGGUGGGGACGGAACCGCGACCCGGCAGAUGUUUCUCCGAACCUGCUCCAGGCUCUCUGCAUGUUUCCUCCUGAGCCCGACAUGCCGAUGGACGUGACCUUACCCCUCUUCCUGGCCAAGGAGGAGUUCGUCUUCACCGCCCCCUCCACGGUACAGACGUCCUGCCUGAGGUUCCAGCACACAACCUGCCUUAACAAAACUGAGCCUGAAGGUGGCGCCAUCACCAACAAAGACACGAAAACAAAGAAACGUGUUUCGUUUGCCGACCACAAAGGUCUGUCCUUAACCAAGGUGAAGAUCUUCUCCAAGUUCACAGACCCCAUAGAAAUCCCUGUGAACAUCCAGGAGAUGCUGAGCUCCAAGCUCACGCUGUCGUCCACGGAGGAGGACAAACUGGUGCUGGAUUUCACUCAGCCCUCCUCAGACUACCUGCUGUUCCGGCAGAACCUGGAGCAGAACCUGGUGAGCCUGGAGCACUGCGUGCUGAAGGAAAAGGCCUUUGCAGGAACCGUUAAAGUAAAAAACGUGUCAUUUGAGAAGUCUGUGAUGCUUCGGGUGACCUUUGACUCGUGGAAAAGCCACACGGAUGUCGGCUGUGAAUAUGUGAAGGACACGUACCCGACCUCGUUCAGCGACACCUUCUCCUUCGAGGUGUCUCUGCCCGCCGAGAUGUGGCCCAACGAGCAGGUCCAGUUCGCCGUGUGCUACAAGGUGAGCGGGACGGAGUACUGGGACAGCAACCAGGGUCAGAACUACCGCAUCGUCCGGUCCUACAUGAAGAAGAACCGCCACUCGGACUCAUCGCAGUUCGGGAUCCACUUCGACCGGUACGGCAGCCCCACCUGUUCACUCGGGCUCUUCCCGGACUGGCCGAGUUACGCCGGCUACGAGAACAUCGGGCCUUACUACUGAACAUCAGUUUUUAACUUGCACCUCGUCAGUGAUGACCUGCUUGUUUUAAAACGGUUCCUGUAAUGUCGGGUUGCUCCUGAAGUCCGUUUCGCUGUCGAUGCUGGAUCACACUGCAGACCGGGUCGGGUCCGGACCGACGGGUUCUGAACCUCCUCAUCCUCAUUCCAGAUCAGAUUUUAAACUGGCUGUUGUGACAGGAACUGUAACCAGCUGACCAAACUCCACCAAAACGCCUCCAAGUUCUCAGGUUUUAACCUUCAGAGGGACCAUCUGAACAAACCGCAGCUGCUAACAGGAAGUCCUCUUGUUUUUAUUGAAGGUCACCAGGUCACCGCGCUCCUGAGGCGUCCUGCUGCCACUUCUGCUACAGGGAACAUUUUUAACUCCUUUAUUCUCAGAAAGUUUUGGGUUCAGGAAGACGUUGGUGUCGGGCAGCAGACUGGAAGCUGAACAACAUUCCUCCUGUCUGAAAGGAUCAAAAUGUCUCGGUUUCCUGCUCCAACGAGUCUGGAUCAGACUAAACUCUCUGUCUUUGUUUCUGAACACGGUGUGAAGAUAUGCUGAUGAUCCCAGAUUGUUCCUGUAGUUGGUUUUUCUUUCUGACCGUUUAAACAUGGCCGACAGUUUUUAACGUUCUGCUGUUUGAUUCAGGCGGUUCCUGCGUCAGCUGCAAGCUGCUGACAGAAGGUUUGGGUUUGUUUUAUCAGCAACCUUAAUAAGUUGCUUUAUUUCACCUUAAUCUGUGCCGUUAUUGUGAGAACAAUCAGAAAAUAUUAACUUGGACACUUUAUCUUAAAGCCGACUGCGAGGAAUUUAAAGUUUCAUAGUUCUCAGAUCAACAGGUGGCUUUUUGCUUCAAAGCUAUGCAGAAAUUUGCACAUCAGUAAAACCAGUGAGAAAAUCAGUGAGAUUGUUUGGAUGUUUGGUUUUUAAAGAGGACUGAGGGAAACGAGGAGGUAACAAAACUUCCUCAGCGUUCAGUGAAUCAGUCUGUGUACAAAACCCUGAAAAUAAAUAAGAUAUCUUUCAUUUAGUGGCAGUGUGAGGAACCAGUGUGUGAGUUUCUGUUUUAAGUGUGUGUGUGUGUGUGUGUGUGUGUGUGUGUUUGGCCUCUGCUUUCAGGGACUGAAUGACUCGGAAGUCAUUUUUAAUGAAGGUUAAUAAAGUUCUGCCAUGUUUUACUCAUAAAGAUGAAAUUCUGUCUGUGACAAAAAUAAAAAUAAAAAGAACAAUAAAAAGUAUAUUUUUAUCCUGA